CCCUGGGCCUUGGCGCAGUGCCCAGAGGUGUCUGUCCCUUGCAGGUGUGGAGUGUGUCCUCUUGAACGAGGAGUACAUGACCUGCAUGUGGGGGAGCAGAGAGACGCUCACCGCCAACUACUCCCUCUACUACUGGUACGAGAACAGAUCCCCUGUGAAGCCCUCCCGGCAAGCCCGGGGGGUCGGUGUCGGCUGCCACUUCAACCAGAGCGAGAUCAUCCAGUUCCAGCCUUUCCACGUCCUCCUCAAUGCCAGCCUUGGUGACAGGACCCUGGAGAUCCGCAGCAAGCGCAUGGAGCUGCAGGACCUGGUGAAACCGAAGGCACCCGUCAACCUGACCAUCCGCAACAUGGGCAGCAACCAGCUGCAGCUGACUUGGACCUCCCCGUACCCCAAAGCCCAGUGCCUGGAGCACACCGUCAGGUACAAGAGCAACAAGGACACCAGCUGGACGGAGCACCGGGUGACAGGAGACAUCUUCUCCUUCCCCAGCGUGGACUACGAGAAGUACUACACCUUCUACGUGCGCAGCAAGAUCAACAGCUACUGUGGCAGCACCCAGCUCUGGAGUGAGUGGAGCAUCCCCGUGGUCUGGGGCAGCAACUCCACCAGCAAGGGCAUGGUGGAGGAGCAGCUGCACUGGUUCUGGAUCCACACAGUCUUGAUCCCCAUUGCCUCUUGCCUGAUCUUGCUGGUCCUCGUUGUCCUGCUGGUGCGCAUGGAAAGGAUAUGGGUCAUCCUCAUGCCCCGAAUCCCCAACCCCAGCAAGAACUUCGAUGAGCUCUUCAUCACCCACAAUGGCAACUUCCAGGAAUGGGCUGGAGUCCCCAAAGAUGUCGUAGAGAGCUUCAAACCCAACUACAGCGAGAACAUCUGCUACGUGAGCGAGCUUCCCCCCAAGGACAGCUACGAGCCCCUCUGGGAAAGCAGCAACCACGUGCCAUCGCCGAUGCCGGGGGUCCCAACUGCCCCCCACGAGCACAGCCCCUACAAGAACAGCUACGUGGCAGCGUGA